AUGGCGGUUCCGUGGUCGCUCUUGUUUCCUGAUGAGUUCAUCGGGACAGUUCUCAGUCCUGACCAUGACCGGUCGGACUCGAUUGCCGAUGAUGAGUCAACCGGCGAGGAAGAGGCUCAGGUCGAGAGGAAGGCCGCUGACACCCUGCCAGAACGAUGCGAGGUACAAGUCAAGACCGACACAGAAUACCCGACGGGAUGGUUCGUGCAAGGACCACUUGCGGAAAUAGAGAAAGCCUUCACUUUCCCUUCCGUCUAUGUUUUCGGAUUCUGCGCUCGUUGUGUCCACAAGAAGAAUUCAAAAGGCUUGAGUUCAUGGUGGAUACUGUCAGGAGAUCACAAUGGACUACAGGCGGUGCUGGCGUCUGGAUAAAUCAGGAUAGUCAAUAGUUAACAACAGCGAGAAAGACAAAAAUGGAGUAUCGUUUAAGACCCAACUGAAUAUUUCACAAAUUAUAAAAUUUAAGUAAUAUGCAAUCAGUUUUCUUUCUUCUUUUCCAGUAAAUUCGUUGCUGUUAUUUUAUUUAUUUAAGCCCCUCUAAAAUAAAAAUAAAAAUUUUUUUCAACGGUUCAUAUUUAUUUUCGUUAGUGAUCCAAAAUGAUUACUUAUGCUAAUCAACAUAUACUCUAUUUUUUAU